AUGACUAAAAAUACGGUGAAGAUUUCCUACAUCACCAAAGAUUCUGCAAGGAAAGCGACCUUUAGGAAAAGAAAGAAGGGUCUGUUGAAGAAGGCGAGCGAACUAAGUACCCUUUGUGGGAUAGAUGCUUCUGUGAUUAUUUACAGUCCUUAUAACACUCAACCUGAGGUUUGGCCAUCUCCUACAGAAGCCGAACGCGUGCUCUCGAAGUUUAAAAAGAUGCCUAAGAUGGAUCAAAGCAUGGAGAUGAUGAGCCAAGAGAGUUUCCUUAAGCGAAGGAUCGAACUAGCCAACAAACAGCUCAAGAGACAGUGUAGGGACAAUCGUGAGGAGGAGAUCACACAAGUCAUGUUCCAAUGCCUGGCAGGACAAGGGUUCGAGAAUUUGAACAUGAUGGAUUUGAAUGACCUCGAGUGGUUGCUCGAGCAAAACAUGAGGGAUAUUGACAGGAGGAUUAAUAUGCUUACCAAAGCAUCUCAUUCCCAAGGGUCCGUAGCAGCAGCAUCAGCAACAAUGGCAACACCAGAAGCGAUGCUGAAGAGUGGAGAGAAGGUGCACGUAGAGAGUCCCGAGCGUGAGGUGAGCCCAGAAACAGAGCAGAGGCAACAGUUGAUCAAGGACCUGAUGCAUUCACCAGAGAACAUAGGACUUGAUUCGGUGCUCUCAUUUGGGGACAACAACCCUAUUGCUUUUUUCCCUUAG